AUGAAAUCCAAGGUAAACGAGUUGGUCGACCCAGUCCUGCAGCAAAAACUGAUGGGUGAGCUCUACAAAGGCCUGUCGAGUCUGGAGAGCUGCGCAGAAGCCGGCGUGACAAUUGAUGAGUGGGUGGAUGACUGGGGGAGGUCCGAAGUGCUCGGUUGCCCGGGCAGCGUAUUUCAGCACCCGCACACAGGGCCUUGUGACGAAGUCCGCCCAGGGCGCACCAUUCAUCAUGAGUGGUUCGGUAUGAAUGGGCAGUACACCUUCCUCAGCUUCCACUGCCUCGACCCACGCUAUCAUCAAGAGCAUCCAACCAGGAGUUCAGGCGAAAAGGUUGGUGGAAGCGCUUUCCGCUUUGAUGACAUACCGGACGCGGCUUCUGAAAACCAGCUGUGGAACCUUCUGCCAGGCGGCUAUUGCGCCGUCAUGCAUGAACGUCUCUGGUUGCUGGCUCUGAACUUCGCGUUGUUUUUCUGCGGAGCUGCCCUGGAAUUCUUCUACUGGUGUAAGUGCUGCUGCUUCCGCAAGCUUGUCAAACCUCCUAGACACCGCCAUCCUGCUCACGCUCGCGCAGCUGACAGCCAGGUGCUGCUCGAGGCAGAAUCACCUUCCAGGACCGAUGCCAUCGAGCUAGGGCGACUUGAGGAGCCAGCAGCGGACGUGCAGGAUGCCAACAACGUCGUCAAGGCAGAGACACCACUGCUCCUUCCGGACGAGAUGUCGAAAGGAGCUGCCGAGGUCAUGAUCUGUAUGACCGCCAGCGUGGUUCGUGAGGGCAAGGUGCAGUUCACCACCGACACCCUUCGUUUCUUUGCCGAAGCACACGUGAAGACACAGUGCCGGCGCUUGAAGCUACAGGUAGAGGCUGAAGGACAUGCCUUGGAUGCAGAAUUCACUGGGCCCGGACGCUUGUCACGGGAGGAAUGCAUUGGGAAGGCAAUGGCGAACAUCCAUGCUCGCGUCUUGGAGGGCUACUUUGUGUGGCUGGAAGCACAGCGCGACCUCAGAAACAAAGAGCAGCGGCUGAAAGCCAUGCUUGGCAUCGAGCCAUCCAGAAGACGGCCUGCUUGGAUGUUGUUCACCGAAGCCGCAGCCCUCCGUGUCGUGGAAAGCUUGUCGGAGCAUGCGCUGCAUUCGCCGGAGUUCAUCUCCAUGAUGUUCCAUAGCAUGCGUUGGGUAGAGUCGCUCUCAGACGACAACGCAUUCCUUCCGGACAGUGUGCGCUUCACAGUGGAUUACGAUGCACUUCACUACGGAGUGGAUGCUAUGAGAAAGAACACCAAUCCAUUCACGGGAGGUGUGAACUUCGACGACAUAAAUGAUCUGGGAGAAGCACGGGCUGAAGUCGAUGUCAACACCGUGCAGAAAACGUUCCUGGAAUCGACGUCGUGGCGGGUUUUGUACGAUCUGCUUGACAACUUUGGGCCUGUUUUCACUGUGAAGCUUUGGAUCUUCUUCAUGGCCUUUUAUGUGCAUCUUGGCUCGCUGCCGGAUCAGAACGACAGCUUUUUCAGUCCCAGGGGCAGCCGGUCAGAUGCUGUGCAGAUCAUGGCUCUCCUAGAUGCCAGCCUGCUAGUGCUCGCGGAGCUGGGUUUGCUCUGGCACGGCUUGGCUCAGCGGCGCCUCUGCCGGAGCCCGGGCCGCUUCUCCUCGCAAGUGAAGCGCACGCACCGGCGCUGGGCACGGAGGCGGCUGCUGUCGGUGAUGCUCGGAUGUGGGAGCCUUGGGGCAAUGGUGGUUUUUGGCAAAGUGGGCCGAAACCUUUGCAAUCUGACUCCAGAGGAGUCCUUCCAGAAGGAGAAAGACUGCUCAGACGAGUUUGCCGUGCUUUGCUGUUGCGCCUAUGCAGUGGUUCGACUACUGGUUUUCUUUGUCUUCAGCCGUCGUCGCAACAUCCCUUUCGUCCAUGGCACGCCAGCGGACUUGAAAGACAAGAAAGCAAACCAGCCGACGGUGCCAGAUGUGCAGGCAGACCAGGAGGCAAGCUCAGACUCUUUCCUGACCGUGGUUGCCGAUGACGCACCGGACCCUGUGGAAAAGGAGGGCAAGGGAUCUGCUCCACUGUUUGUCUGGCUGUUCGUGCUGGCACUGUGCUUCGGCUUUGAGACAUUCUUCGUUGCCCCUCUCGUAUCUGGCUUUUCCUUCAAGGGCUUUUGCGGGGAAUCCUGUUCGAAUCGGCUCUUCGCCUGGGCUGUGCACGUGCCUGGCGUGGGGGAAAUACAUCCGCUACCGUCCGAAUGUGCAGCCUGUGGCCUGACCAUCAUUGCCAUCUAUGCGCUGGUGGGCAUGACAGCCUUCCUUGACUUGCACUUCCUGUUCUACCUGGUCAUUGGGAUUGGGGGAUACGCCAUGGGCGAGCAUCGAGGAUUACGCAACGUAGUGUCGUCUGCGCUAAGGCAACUGGACCUGGAUGCGAGUGCACGCAGACAAGAGAUUCACGAGAACGAAUUGCGCGACAUGAUAAGUGACGGUCGGGCGAUGGAAGCUGUUUUCGGAAGCGCCUGGCGUCUAGUUUGGAGCUGUGCCGUGGAGUCCCUUUAUGAUGAUUGCCUGAUCUCCGAAGCAAUGGCUAACAGCAUGGUGAAUGCCGCGCACACCUUCCGCUGGCGUGAUAGCACGGCUUCCAAGAAGCAGUUCGCCCAGAUGUCCCAGUGUUUUACCAAGCUGCGCUUCCGAGCCACACAGCUUCGUGGAGGCUCCUGGCAGCAAGCCGGACGGAGUUGCUGCAUCUCUGAGCUGCAGGUAAUUCACGGGGCAAGAAGUCGACCCAAGUCAUAUCCGGUGCAAAAAUGGGCUGUGAAGCAGGUCAAAGUUUCUACGCCAGCCGAGCAUGCGGAGCUCAUGGAAGUCCUCGAUGACAGGCUCAUAGCCACUGCAGAAGUCCCAGGCCUUGGUGUCCAGAGUGGCUGGCAGCUGCUUUCUCGUGGGCCGUCUCAGGUACCGAAUGGAGUAGCUUCCGGGACGAGCACUCCGAACAGGGUGUCGGUAUCCAGUCGUGGUAGUGCACAGGCGACGCCAUUGCGGAGAAAUCUGACAAAGGCUGAAGACCUGGUCGCGCUGAGGAAUGCCAGCAGUUUUCGCUUCCCUGCAGAUCUGGAGUUCACUCACCCGGAAGAGUAUCGGGAGGUUAUGGUGGAAUUUAAUAAGCCACGCUGCAUUUCCGCCAUCUCAUUUUCGACUACUUCGGAUGACCGUCAAUUCGAUCCGAUAUGCUGGGAGAUAGAUGGCUCCAUGGAUGGUCAGGUGUGGAUGAGGCUGCAGACACAGCAGCGAGAGUUUGACACCCCAGCAGAGCGGCGCGAGCAUGUUGGAACGUAUUUCGCGUCGGAGCCGUGGCGGAAACAGGGUGCCCUUGCGUCAACGCAGGUUGACCUUCAGAAGGUCCCGUCUUGCGUCAGCGAACGACUCUGCUUCUUCGCGAGCUCUCUGCGUGCUCUCCUGAAGCAGAGCAUCCGACCAGGAUUUCAGAUUCGACCAGGCCGCGAUACAUUGCUGGACAGCAAGGCCGGAGCAAUUCCGACCUUGACCCAGGUAGUCCCGGUCUACGAAGAGCAGGUCAUCCUGACGGAGGAGUUCCUGUGUGCCUCCGAUGGCCGCAACACGAACCUGGGCUUCCUCAUCGCACAGGCAGAAGACCAGUGGGAGAUUUUCACUCGCAAGCAUGGCAUGGAACCGCGAGAGCUCUUCAAUGCCUUCGUGCUGGGUGAUCUCAAUGAGUGGGCACGACGGGCUGAGAUGAAUCAGGACCCGGAUCUCCUGGAGGAAAUCCGAGAGCUCCACCUGCAGAUUCGGCUUUGGGCAUCCCAGCGAUCUCAGACCGUCUACCGCACCGUCGCCGGGGCCAUUGAGUACCACAAGGUCUUGGACAUGCUCCCAGCGGUCCAGGCAUCUGACAGCCCGCCCAAGACCCUGGCAGGCUUGGUGCAGCUGUUCAUCGCUCACCAAACCUACGGCAACAAGAGGUACAAAGAGAGUGUGGACCAAGACAUGAGACGACUCCUCCUGCAGUAUCGGCACUAUCCUGUCUACCUGGUAUGUGAUUACAACGCCGACCUUGCCAGGCCUUCGCUGCGAGAGAUGGUGACCUGUUAUGUGGCCCGCGAGCACAAGUUCACGGGCAGGGUCCAGUUUGCCUCUUUGCUGCUGGCGUUCAAUGAGAAUUACGUGAAGGGCCAGUCCGAGGAAAACAUCGUCAAGGUGCUGGAGGUGUUGCCACGAGUCUAUCCACUCGUGCUCGGAGAGCUGGACCCUCGUCCACCAUCCGCGAAAACUCAGGGAAAGGCCGGAAACCAGCUAGGAGCACUUCGCUUUGCGCCGGGCCACUAUCUGCAGAUGAUGGAUGCGAACAUGGGUGCCUUCUUCGGGGAGGCCUGCAAGGUGCCCUUCGUGCUGCGCCAUUUCCAGCCUCCGGGCUGUGACCGCAGGACGGUCCAAGCACGCAUCAUCGGCUUCCGUGAGCACAUCUUCACUGGAAGCCACGGUGCAGUAGGUGCUGCCAUGGCUGACGCAGAGUGGACCUUCGGAACUAUUUGCCAGCGUUUCCUGGCGGGGCUUGGUGCACGAAUGCACUACGGGCAUCCCGACUUCUUCGAUGCCUUUUGGGCCUCCAACCGCGGUUCUGUCUCGAAAGCAUCUCCCAUCCUGAACCUUUCCGAAGACAUCUUUGCUGGUUUCAACGUGCUGAUGCGUGGAGAAACCUCGAAGCAUGUGGACUGCCUAGAGUGGGAGAAAGGCAGAGAGGUGUCCUUCAACUCUGCAUCCUUGUUCUUUACCAAAGUGGCCAGCGGCAAUGUCGGCGUCAUGCGUUCAAGAGAUCUGAAGAUCCUGACGGGCAGCUUGAACAUAGCCGACAGCUUCUCCUUCUAUUUUGCAUCAGUGGGGUUCUACCUGUACAACGUCGUGACAGACCUUUCCAUGAGGAUUUAUGUCGUGAUCUUUGUCCUCUUGACCCUGUCCUCAAAAAGUCUCGAUGAUGUUGGCAAGUUGGACUCUCUGCUGGCUGCUGAAUGGGUUAUUUCCUUCGGAACGCUUGCGAUGUUCCCGCGUUUGAUGGAGCUGACCUUGGAAUUUGGAGUCAUGGAGGGCAUCAUCCGUUUCCUGCCAUCUGUGCCAGGCGCGGUGCUCGUGUUCACUUUUAUGAACAAGUCCAUCGCAGAAGCUGUGGGCUCAACGAUGCAAACGGGCCUGGCGAACUACAUCUCCACUGGGCGGCCUAUGGCGAAUGACCACUACGGUUGGCGAGAUUGCUACUUCUUCUACAGAGAAAGUCAUUACUAUCCUGCCCUGCGAAUUCUGAUCAUGUAUGCCGUUUAUAGGUUCUUGGCAGAGACUUUCAACGUCGCUGCGCUGCCCAUGAUGAUUCUGCUGGCUACAGCCGUGGUGUGGGUCGUUGGGCCUAUCCUUUUCUGCCCACAGCCAACCCUAUGGUCGAUUCGCGACGAUUUGUCCGAGUUUUGGUGCUUCAUAGUCGGGGCGUCCAAUGCUGAUCGCCACAUGGACACCAAAGUGGUAAAUCUUGAGGAGCGACUUGCAGCGAACAAGGCCGAUCCCCGAGCGAACUUAUACGAUGUCUGGUUGUUCGACAAGCUGAAACACAAGCGGGCCCCUGUCUAUGCCCGCAUGAUGGAGCUCGCCGUUGCACUUUAUUUCUUUGUUGUCAUGCUCGCGGUAGUCUUUGGCACCAUGGUGGAUCAGAUUCGAUCUGUUGUGCUACUGAUCUUGGUGAACUACUUUAUUCUGGCAUUGUGGCGUGUCAGCGGCAAGCCUACUAUCCUCAUGAUGGUUUCCGGCGUAUUUUGGAUAUGUUCUGUGCCUGUGGUGCUGAACAGCCAGUCCUUGGGAGGGCAGUAUGGCACGCUGCUCGUGGCCUUCAUCCUAACGUUUCAAGGCCUCACAGUCAUCGAGAAGUCGCUGCUUCUUCUGGCUUGGGCUGUGCUGCGGCCGGACCCAAACUGCGCCUCCCUGCCCGAAGCCACAUCGGGAGAGCGAGCACAGAAAAAAGAUGCAGCUCGAAAAGUCGAACGGUACGAUGCACUCGUGGAAUACCUGUACCUGAACUUAAUGUCUUAUCAGUGGCACCUUUAUGUCUCAAUCAUGCUCCUGGCGGCGAACUUUGUGACACAGCUCUGUGUGGCAGUUUUAGAGAUGCUUGGAGGUCUUCAGUCUUGGUGGUUGCUCGGUGGCAGACCCACAUCCACACCCACACCCAGACCCAGACCCAGACCCACAUCCACACGCACACACCCACCCACCCACCCACCCACCUACCCACCCACCCACCGUCUUGGAACCCUAUAG